GAUCUUGGUUAUUGGUUGCCUGGUUUUAUUGGCAACUAUGAACUCUGUGUUAUGCAUUAUUCCUCUAGUCAUUCUAGCAGGCACUGCCUUGGGCUCCGCUAAUGAGACAAUUCUAGUCCAAAAACUCUUUACUGGCUACAAUAAGGUCGUCCGUCCUGUCAAUCACUUCAAGGACCCGGUGAUUGUGACUGUGGGCCUUCAGCUCAUCCAGCUCAUCAGUGUGGAUGAGGUCAACCAGAUUGUCAGCAGCAACGUGCGAGUGAAGCAGCAAUGGGAAGAUGUAAACUUGAAGUGGAACCCGCAGGAUUACGGCGGCAUCAAAAAGAUCAGAAUUCCCUCCAAAGACAUUUGGCGGCCUGAUCUGGUGCUCUACAACAAUGCUGAUGGAGACUUUGCCAUCGUUCAUGAGACCAAAGUGCUGCUGGAGCACACAGGAAAGAUCACAUGGAACCCGCCUGCCAUCUUCAAGAGCUACUGUGAAAUCAUUGUGCUGCAUUUCCCCUUUGACCUGCAGAACUGCACUAUGAAGCUGGGGACCUGGACCUAUGAUGGAACCCUGGUUGUCGUCAAUCCAGAAAGUGACCGCCCUGACCUGAGUAACUUUAUGGAAAGUGGAGAGUGGGAGAUGAAGGAUUUCCGCGGCUGGAAGCACUGGGUGUACUAUGCUUGCUGCCCGGAAACCCCUUACCUGGACAUCACCUACCACUUCCUCAUGCUGCGCCUCCCACUGUACUUCAUCGUCAACGUCAUCAUCCCCUGCAUGCUCUUCUCCUUCCUGACCGGCCUCGUCUUCUAUCUUCCUACAGACUCUGGUGAGAAGAUGACCCUCAGCAUCUCCGUCCUGCUGUCUCUGACUGUGUUCCUGCUGGUCAUUGUGGAGCUGAUUCCUUCUACCUCCAGUGCUGUACCACUCAUUGGGAAGUACAUGCUCUUCACUAUGGUCUUCGUCAUUGCCUCCAUCAUUAUCACUGUCAUCGUCAUCAACACCCACCACCGCUCCCCCAGCACUCACACAAUGCCAGACUGGGUCCGCAAGGUUUUCAUUGAAACCAUUCCCAACAUCAUGUUCUUCUCAACAAUGAAACGCCCAGGAAAGGAAAUGCAGGUUAAACCCAACCUAUAUGGUGCUGAUUUUGACAUCUCAGACAUCUCAGGCAACCAGGCCUCUUCUGUUCCCUAUCAGUCGCCCAUGACUAAGAACCCUGACGUCCGCAGUGCCAUUGAAGGAGUCAAAUACAUCGCAGAAACCAUGAAAUCGGACGAGGAGUCCAACAAUGCUGCUGAAGAAUGGAAGUUUGUAGCCAUGGUGUUGGAUCACAUCCUGCUCUGUGUGUUCAUGGCAGUGUGUCUCAUCGGCACAUUAGGUGUGUUUGCAGGCCGUCUCAUUGAGUUGAGCACGAUUUAAAGUCCUGGAGUGGAGUGCACUAGCUGGGCGUAACUGCAUCAUGUUUUACCUGUCUAACUUUGAACAAUAGCUGCAUUCAUAGUAUAAGUUUUUGUUUGCUCUUUGAUGUUGUGUUCCUACAUGUGUAUAUGUAAAAGAUAAUGUUGUAUACAGUAGCUUCAGGAUAUGUUUUUGCCAGAGCUGUGUUGCUUUUCUUUUUUAAAGUAAUAUAUAGGUAUAUGUGUGCAAUUGAGAUAUUGAAUUCAUUUAAAAACAUUUCAUAUAUUCUUUCACAUGUUUGUUUAGGGAACAACUUAAUUAAAAAUGAUCAAGUCUU